AUGAAGAAAGAUGAAGAAGUUCAGGGAGAAGACAGGCAAGAGGAUAUGGAAAACAGUGACAUUAAAACUGAGCAGGAGGACAGGAUGAUAAUUGAGAAGGAAGAAGAGGAAGGAACAAAGUUUAGGAAGAGGCAAAAUAUAGAUUUGGCCUUUACCUGUGACUCAUUUGUGAACUUUUUUGCAGACAAAGUCUCUAAAUUCCACCAGGUAAAAGGAGGGAUAUUUGAAACUGUCGAAAAUGAGCCUGUUAACGUUGAAGAAUUAGCUUUCAAGUUUGCAGUUACCAAUAUUAACAGAAACAGAACACUGAUGCCUAAUACCACAUUAACUUAUGAUGUCCAGAGAAUUAACCUUUUUGAUAGUUUUGAAGCCUCAAGACGAGCGUGUGAUCAGCUUGCUCUUGGGGUAGCUGCACUGUUUGGACCAUCCCAUAGCUCAUCAGUCAGUGCAGUACAAUCAAUUUGCAAUGCACUUGAAGUUCCACAUAUACAGACCCGGUGGAAACAUCCUACAGUGGAUAACAAAGAUUCAUUUUAUAUCAACCUCUAUCCAGACUACGCAGCCAUCAGCAAGGCAGUUUUGGAUUUGGUGCUAUAUUACAACUGGAAGAUAGUAACAGUUGUAUAUGAAGACAGUACAGGUCUAAUUCGCCUGCAAGAGCUCAUCAAAGCCCCUUCUAGGUACAACAUCAAAAUCAAAAUCCGCCAGCUGCCUGCUGGGAAUAAAGAUGCUCGGCCCUUACUCAAGGAGAUGAAGAAGGGCAAAGAAUUCUAUGUGAUAUUUGAUUGCUCACAUGAAACGGCAGCAGAAAUCCUUAAACAGAUUCUCUCCAUGGGAAUGAUGACUGAAUACUAUCACUACUUUUUUACUACCCUGGAUUUGUUUGCCCUUGACCUGGAACCCUACAGAUAUAGUGGAGUCAACAUGACUGGGUUUCGCCUACUCAACAUUGACAAUCCCCAAGUGGCAUCAGUUAUUGAGAAGUGGUCCAUGGAACGGCUGCAGGCACCACCCAAGCCAGAGACUGGUCUCCUAGAUGGCAUGAUGACUACAGAAGCAGCUCUGGUGUAUGAUGCUGUUUACAUGGUAGCAGUGGCUUCUCAGCGUGCCUCCCAAAUGACUGUUAGCUCCCUGCAGUGUCACAGACAUAAGCCAUGGCGUUUUGGACCCAGAUUUAUGAACCUGAUAAAAGAGGCUAGAUGGGAUGGUUUGACAGGGCGCAUCACCUUCAACAAAACAGAUGGCUUAAGAAAGGAUUUUGAUUUGGACAUUAUUAGCCUCAAGGAGGAAGGAACAGAAAAGGCUGCUGGUGAAGUUACUAAUCAUUUAUAUAAAGUAUGGAAGAAGAUUGGGGUUUGGAACUCAAACAGUGGCCUUAAUAUGACAGACAGCAAUAAAGACAGAUCUACCAAUAUUACUGAUUCGCUGGCGAACCGAACCCUCAUAGUCACCACAAUUUUGGAAGAUCCCUAUGUCAUGUACAAGAAAUCUGAUAAACCCCUUUAUGGAAAUGACAGAUUUGAAGGGUACUGUCUGGAUUUGUUGAAGGAGCUAUCAAAUAUUUUAGGCUUCAUUUAUGAAGUGAAAUUAGUGUCUGAUGGUAAAUAUGGAGCCCAGAAUGACAAAGGAGAAUGGAAUGGGAUGGUCAAAGAACUCAUAGAUCAUAAAGCUGACCUGGCAGUUGCUCCUCUUACAAUUACCUAUGUAAGAGAGAAAGUAAUCGACUUUUCAAAGCCCUUCAUGACGCUGGGAAUCAGUAUUUUGUACCGGAAGCCCAAUGGCACAAACCCUGGUGUUUUCUCCUUUCUAAACCCUCUUUCUCCUGAUAUUUGGAUGUAUGUCCUCCUAGCUUGCCUUGGAGUCAGUUGUGUGCUCUUUGUAAUUGCAAGGUUUACACCCUAUGAAUGGUAUAACCCCCACCCGUGCAACCCUGACUCAGAUGUGGUGGAAAACAAUUUUACUUUACUUAAUAGUUUCUGGUUUGGAGUUGGAGCUCUCAUGCAGCAAGGAUCAGAAUUGAUGCCAAAAGCUCUGUCCACCAGAAUAGUUGGAGGAAUAUGGUGGUUUUUCACCUUAAUCAUAAUCUCAUCCUACACUGCUAAUUUGGCUGCCUUCUUAACUGUUGAGAGAAUGGAAUCACCUAUUGAUUCAGCAGAUGAUUUGGCAAAGCAAACCAAGAUAGAGUAUGGAGCUGUUAGAGAUGGAUCAACAAUGACCUUCUUCAAGAAAUCCAAAAUAUCAACAUAUGAGAAAAUGUGGGCAUUUAUGAGCAGCAGGCAGCAGACAGCACUGGUGAAGAACAAUGAUGAGGGAAUCCAGCGAGUGCUCACCACUGACUAUGCCCUCCUGAUGGAGUCUACCAGCAUAGAAUAUGUCACCCAGAGAAACUGCAAUCUUACCCAGAUUGGUGGACUCAUUGAUUCCAAAGGUUACGGUGUGGGGACUCCUAUUGGCUCUCCUUACAGAGACAAAAUUACCAUUGCCAUUCUUCAGUUACAAGAGGAAGGGAAACUGCACAUGAUGAAAGAGAAGUGGUGGCGAGGCAACGGCUGCCCUGAAGAGGAUAGCAAAGAGGCCAGUGCCCUGGGCGUGGAGAACAUCGGGGGCAUCUUCAUCGUGCUCGCAGCAGGACUGGUUCUUUCCGUCUUUGUUGCCAUUGGGGAAUUUAUUUACAAGUCAAGGAAAAACAGUGACAUUGAACAGUGUCUUUCUUUCAAUGCCAUAAUGGAGGAACUUGGAAUUUCCCUCAAACACCAGAAGAAAUUAAAGAAAAGGUCAAGAACUAAAGGGCGGUCAUCAUUCACAAGUAUCCUUACCUGUCAUCAGAGGCGGACACUGAGGAAAGAAACCAUGGCUUGAAUGAACACAGCUUUAUACAUGGGCAAUAUCUGGAGUAAAAGACAAAGCAUAUUUUUUUAAAAAAACUUUGAGGCCCACUUGUCCCUUGCUUGGAAUACUUUCUGAAAGAAACAUUAAUGUUGUUCAGAAAUUCACUGUGGUUUUCCCUUCUUUAAUCUAGAGAAGGUACAGCUCAUUCAACAUCCUCAUAAGACUGGUGUACUAAUAAUCACCUGGGAAUUGUCUCACUUUUACUUUUAAGAUGAUUUGUAUGCUCACCUCUUUUGCAUCUCUCUUCUUGUCCCCCAUUCAUUGUUGUAUCUGCUUUCUAUAUGAAUAAA